GUAAAUUUGGUUUUGGAGUCGAGUUCGGCUGCUAGGGUGUUUGGAGUAGAUUUGAUUUGUAAUAAUAUUUUUUUUAUAUUAACUUUACAUCAGAAAUAUGAUCUGCAUAUAAUGACAUUUCUUAAAAAUAAUUUAAAGCAUUCAAAUAGCUUUCUAAACCUUAAUCUUUUUACAGAAACAAUUAAUUUUUGUAGCGAUUAAUGCCAAUCUUGUGAUGGCGUCUCUGCUGUAAUUAUAAUUAAUUCUAAGAAGCGAUCUUAACUAGGGAUGGCUUUAUUUGUGUUGGAGGGUCUCAAAGGAGUUAUAUCUGAGAAUGGGAUCUGAAGAUGCAGAAGUGCAGUGUCAAACUCAGUCAGCAUCAGCUAGUGUACCUUGUGAAUCUGCAGCAUCAUAUGGCAUUGCUACUGUGCCAUUUGUAGCUUCAGUUUCUGUAGCUCCCAAUAGAUCUGCUAGUGGAACCCCAGUAUCAGCAAGCGCAGUCAUGUUAGCUCACUCAGCUGCCUCGCAUACCCCUCCCCAAAACGUAGCUGUUCAACCCUCUGUUGCAGCUUCUCCUUUACCUCAUGUUCAAGUUAUUCAGCAACCUUUGCAGAAUCAGUAUUUACAACAUGUGUAUGCACCGCAGCAACAACACAUGUUUCUUCCAGGCAACUUGACAAUACAACCUGCCAUACAAAGUAUUGGUGCUACUCCAGGUAUAAGCCUACAGUUGCAAGGAAAAGCUAUGGAAAAUAAAGCAGCCACUCCAACAAUAAUUUCAGCUCCCAUGCAGUCGGUUGGAGCCUUUGGUGCCCAAAACCUAAUACCAGCUGGCAAUCAAAUUGCUGGGGCGAAAGCGUGUAUAUCUGGACAAAUGUUAGCUACUUCUAAAUCAACUGCUGUAAUUCAAGGUCAGUCUGGUUUCAUUCCUGCUACAACUGCUAAUCAGACUGUUGUCAUUGGUCAACUUGGUGUUUUAUCAAAUCCUCAAUCAGUCAUUCCUCAUCAAGCUAAAGCAAUAACUGAUGGUCAAAAAGGAAAAUCUUAUCUUAUCUCUCAACCUGCCACUCUUCAUCCCAAAUCACCCAUUCUACCAUCUCCCAGUGUCUCGUGUGCUGGUCAAAUGAUUGCAACAAGUCAAUUAAAACAGAUACCAUCAGCUCCUCAUAUCAUAACUACUCAAGCUCCAACCAUGAUUGCUAGCCAGGCUCAAAUUUUAGGAUCUUUACAAGCAUUGGGUGCAUCUCUUCCUCCUGGACUUACCUGGGCUACACCCGGUUCUUUACAUUCCCCUGCAUUAUUUGGACAGAAUCCUAUAUUCAUUCGAAGCCAACAGUCAGAUAUGUUCAUUCAAUCACCUCCACCCCAAGCUACUAUCCAUGCUGUACCUGUUGCAUCUGCUGCUCAAUUGCAACAGCCUCAGCAACAAGCCCAACAGAUACAGCAACAGUCUCAACAAACUUUGCAACAGCAAACAACUCAGCAGCAACUUCAAGUUCAACAAGUACAGCAAUCUCAACUACAACAACAACAAUCUCAACAGCAAUCUCAAGCACUGCAACAACAGCAGCAGACUCAGCAAGCACAACAGCAGCAGCAACAAAUACAGCCUAUUCAACCACCUCAACAAGUUCAGCAGUCACAACAAACAGUACAGCAGCAAACUCAACAACAUCAGCCUGCUCCUCAACCACAACCAAUCCAACAGCAUCAACAAACAGCACUUCAGGCUAUUCAGCCACAUCAGCCUACACAACAAAUUCAAAUACAACCUGCUCCCCAACCCAUUGCACCAACUCCAGCUGCCACCCCUGCACCGCAAGUUUUUAAGGUUAAAACUGCUUCACGUCCUGGUUGUUCUAUUGCAACUCAAACUGUAGUUUCUACAGCAAGUCCAGGAAUAAGUUCCACUGUAACCAAAACAUUGGGUAAACAUAAAUCUCGUUUUCUUCAUUAUCGAACUUCUGUUGCCUCUUCAGGAUCUAAUAGUUCAAACUUAACGACAGCAACUACACAGACUCAAACUCAACCUCCACCAAGUCAGAAAGCAGAUGCUGCAAAUCAGACAAAGCCUGCUGCAGCUGAAGUAAAACUUGCUGCCACUUACAACAAAAUAUUAGAACCAUUUAAAUCUUCUGCGACUGAAUCUGCAUUUUCACCUGCUGCUCAAGAACCCAUUGACAUUGAUGUACCGCAGUCAUCUGAAAUAAUCGAAGCCGCUUCGGUACCGGAUGUCGCCAUUGUUACCCCUUCUCCAGCUGUCCCUCUUGUUGAUGAGGGAGUUCAGAUGGAAAUGGACGAACCUGUUCCAUCUUCUUCUCCAGCCUUGCCGAGUCCAGUGCCUGUAGAAAAAGUUGCUCCAAGUAGAAAAGAAGUGGAGCCAGACAAUAUUGGAAUAGUUAUGCCCAUGACAGAGGUUUCAGUCACUGUGAAGCAACCACAAAAAGCAAUAGUUAAGCCACAUGUUCUCACUCAUGUAAUUGAAGGUUUUGUCAUUCAGGAAGGAUCAGAACCAUUUCCUGUUACAAUGCCCUCAUAUAGUAUUACCGACAAAGACGACGAUUCUGAUAAACAUGCAGAACCUUACAACAAUUCAAAUUCAGAUAUUUCUGCUACAAUAAAGAAAAAAGACAAGAUCUUGAAAAUUAGAGGUGGCCCAAUUGAGUUAGCUAAAUGUGAAUUCUGUGGAAAAUUAGGUCCCAAAGCCAAAUUCAAACGUUCAAAACGUUUUUGUUCUACUUCAUGUGCUAAACGUUUUAAUGCUGGCUCUUCAAAACGGUUAGCUAUAAUUUUACCAGAGCAAGAAUCUAAAACAGGUGACGAGCUUCGGAAACAUAAAAAGAAAGGCAGCAAAAAAGGUUUCAAAAAAUCAAAAAAGAAGAAACUGGGCUUAAAAUCAAAAAAGAGUUGGAAAAGGUCUGAGUCUGUUAUGUAUGAAGAAAAAGAAUGGACUAUUGCCGUGGAUCGUGAAAUGCCCGAAGAAACAGAAGAAGAGAAAGCAGAAGUUACUUUGGAGCAGAAUGAAGAAGAGCAACAAAUGGAAAUAGAAGGUGAUUCAAAUGAAGCUGUUAUACCAGAAGAAGAAGAAAGCCGUCCCCCUUCACCGACUUUUGAAGUGGAAGAGGGAGAACAAACUUCUAAUUCUCAAGGAGAAUUUGCCACCAAAUCUCCUUUAAAAUGGACUGUUACUGAUGUUGUGGAUUUUGUUCGAGAUUUACCCGGUUGUUCAGAUUAUGCUGAUGAAUUCAGAGCACAAGAAAUUGAUGGUCAAGCUCUUCUCUUACUGAAAGAAGAUCAUUUGAUGAGUUUAAUGAGUAUGAAGCUUGGACCUGCUUUAAAAGUAUGUGCCCGUAUUAGUUCCAUACGAGAUGAAGUUAGUCAUUAAAAAGUGAACUAAGCACACCAUUUUAUUAAGAUUUCAUUUGUGGGUUGCAAUUGAUUUUAUAAACAACUAUGCGGAAUUUGAGUAUCAAAAGUGCAAUGGAACCUAAAUCCGAGUGCCAUUAAAUUUGUACGUUAACACUUAAAAGCAAAUUAUGCGUGUUUUUUGUAGUGGAAAGAAAGUGGGAAAUAUUUCUAAGGUAACAUUUCUUUGGCUAAUUUGCUUAUUGAUUGAAAUGUAAUUUUUAAUGGAAAUAUUUCCCUUAUGCGACAGUAAUAAAAAAGGUGCUUUCAUCUAAGUAUUAACUAUUACUUCAAGUCUUUUGAUGUGCAAUUACAACCAUAUAUAUAUAUAUUGAAGUGACUUUGUUUAUAGGUCACACUCCAUUAUUUAUGUUUCAGUGGAUGUUUAUGAUUUGUAUUGUUAGGGAGAGACAUUUGAUAUUUUUCCCGUAUUAACUUUUACCACUUGCAAAAAAUAUGUUCUUAUUUCAAUUCUUAACCACUUCAUGCAAUAUGAUUCUAUCUUUAGCAUUAGAUGUGUGUAAAUGGUUGCUCGUUUUGCCACUGAACUACGCAUCUUGAAUUUUUAUGUUAAUUUUAUUUUACUGCUAUUAUUUAGUGAUAAGAACUUAUGCUAUUACACACUUAUAAUUUUUACAUUCCAAAAGCAAAAUUUUUCUAGAUAUGAAUGCAGCUAAACCUUUUUAUAUCGAACCUCGAUUUACAAAUUCAGGCAAAAAAGCAAGAGGACUUGGUAAAAAAGAAAUUGCAAAUAAGUUUCAAAUUUCAAGCAGCAAAUUAUUAACGAUUCCAAAACAUGAAGUAAUAUACAAUCAUUUUUGCUGUGGUUACUUUGAGGAAAUAUGUAAAAAGCCAGACAUUGGUUUUUAGAAAACAAAGAUGAAAUCUUCAUUUAAAUUAUAAUUUCUUGUACAAAUUGUUUAGUGUAAUAUAAAAUGAAUUUCUUUUUAAAAUGUAUGUAAAAAAAAAGAUAUAUUUUCUUUAUUCUACUACUGAUUUUUAACGAUUCUCGAAUCUGGACAUUAAGAAAUUUUUCUUUUCUCCCUUCAAGUUUGAUAUAUCGAGGUUUGAUUGUGCUUGUGUAUAUGUAUUUGUUUUUACAAUAUCUUUAACAAAAUAGCAGUUUUUCAACUUAUAAAUUGUUUCAGUGCUAUUUGCUUAAAUAGCAUAUAUAAAAAUUUAGAAAAAUCUUCUUUUUUUUUAUUUAAUAACAUUAUUUUGACUUCCAAAUGAGUGAUAUAAAAUCCUUUAUUCAAACGCGUGGGGCAUUAAAUUUAUAACAAUCAAAAUACUAUCAUCAAGGAAUAAAAACUUGGUUACCUUUCAAGUGGUUAAUUAUAAAACUAUGAUGAGAUUUGAUAGUGAACUAAUUUUUUUUGUUGAAAUUUUCAUUCAUUGAGUGUUUUUCUUAUCAUUUUUUUUUAAAGUUAGAAGAAAUAUUUUAAAUUGAAGGGUAUUUAGUUAGCUUGUAAAGGUAUUGCAAAAGUUGGGAAUAAUAAAGUUAUUUCUUCUUUGUUUAUUUAAAUUAACCAUUUUUUAUACAAAAUUUAUAAAAACUCACUUAAAAAUUAUUUUCUAAUUUGUUUACAUAUUUCUCUAAAUUUAUUGUUUUAAAAUGUUUUUCAUGAAAUAGUUACAAAAAAUGUGAAAAAUGAAAAUGAGCGUGUUUUAUCAAUAGUAUAAUGAAUAUUUUUAUAUCAUAUUUGUAUUUUUUAACCUAAAAUUUGUAUCUAAAUUAUAAUUUUCUUUUAAAACUUGACCUAAUUAGCAUUCUCUACUUAAGUCAUAUAUAUGUACUUUUUAAUGAAAAAUAUAUCAUGUUAAAUCUGCAACUUAAUGAAACAUAUGGUGUUUAUUUACAAAAGUUUAAAUUAUUUCGAAAUAUGUUCUAUGUAUCUUAUACUGUAAACUUAUUUCAUUGUAUUCUAGUCAACUAGUCUAUGAUUAGUAAUGACUACAUGACGCAGACAAAACAAUGUCAUUUCUUUUUUUUUUUGUUGAGAGAAUUAGAGUAUAUUAUUUGUUCUCUAUUUAUGUCAUAAAAUUUUUCAUACCAAUCAAAAUAUUUUUAUAUGAUUAUGUUCUUUUUUUUUUAGUUUUACAUAUAAAAUACAUACUUAUAAAAAUUUGCUGUUUUUGUUAAGCUAUAUUUGAAAAAAAGAAGUUUGUUGCUUGGGGCGCGUUAUGUGUAAUAUUUUUGUUCAGUAUUUGUUUUGUCUAAAAGUUCAUAUGUGUUAAUGAAUGUUAGAGAAUUUUUAAUAUCUGUUAAAUUUUCAAUUUAGGUUAUAGUUACUUUAUAAAUGUUGGUUUAUAUCACUUUUUUCUCAUUGGAGACUGCUUGUUUGUUCAUUUUUAAUAUUGGUGAUUGGUGUGCAAUAUUUAGUUAAGUUAUCAACUUCACUAAAAACCACACAUCGCACUAGUUAUCUCACAUUUGUUUCACUAAUGUCAUGUAGUGAAUAGUGAUAUAGUAUUGCAAUUUCACUUUCUUUUUCCUUUUAUAGCCUAUAUAUAUCAAAUAUCAUGUUAAGAUAUUUGUUUACCAAAAAGUGUGUUUCUGAGAGAAUCAAACUCCUUUGAAAGAUAUUUUGCUGAUUUUGAAAGAUAUUUUUUUGAUGAGUUUAAAAUUAAGAGGCCUCUUACCUCCCCUCCUUGGGUUUUAGGUUUAUUUAUUUAUUUUUAUUUCUGUGUUUUUCAUGUUUUUAACAAACUUUUGAUAAUUAAUAUUAUUUAACAGCUCUAUUUAUAUCUUAUAAAAAGGGUUAAAAACAAUGUUCACGCUAUAUUAGAUAAGGAGAAAAAGCACUUGAUAAUAUUUAAAACUCUAAUGGAUAUUUUUCCAAAAACAUAAAGGAAUAAAAUUGUGCUGUUACUUUUCUUUUAAAGUAAUAUAUUUGCCUGCUUUUAUUAUUAUUUAAACAGAGGAAAAUUGAUUCGAAAGAUGCUGAAAAAAUUCUUUUAUUGUAAAUUUGCAAAAACAAAGGUAUUAUCACAAAUCUAAGAGCAGAAAAUUGUGUGAUACUCUACCUUUUCUAUGGUCACAGUAUUGUAUUAAUCUAAUUUUGUCAGAAAUAUUUAUGUAAAAUUCAAGAACAAAGUCAGCUACAUUUAUUACAUUAAAAGAUGAUCUUGUAUUUUACAAGUCUCAAAAAAUAUCGUCAAACAGAGUAAAUAUCCAGCAUCAGUUUAUUUGUGACAACCAAAUAAAGAUGAUUAAAACACAUUCGGAAUUUUCCCCUCACAGUUUAUAUCCCUCUGACCUUUGAGUUUGAGCAGAAGGAAAGAGGCCUUUUAAGUUAUUAAAUUAUCUUCCUUAAUGAUAUUUCAGUAUUGAGAAAUAAUUAUUAAAUUACUUUAUACUUAAUCAUUGUACAUAUAUUACCUUUUAUCCCAUAACAAUUGUGAAUACGUAUAAUGAGCUACAGUAAUAUGUAUUCAAUUAUGGUUGUAGUACAUCUAAAUAUCUGCUUUGUUGUAGUGUUGUCACGUGAGCUAUCUUGUAAUUCGCAAGCUGUCUGUUAUCAAUAUUUGACUAUUUUAAAGUUUACUUUAUUUUUUGUUUGAUACAUUUAAGUUAAAGUUAGUUGUUUUCCAUUCUUUUAAAUUAUAGGCGUACGAGUCUUUCUGAAUUUUUUAUAUUAUAUACAUUUGGGAUUUUUAUUUAUUUCUAAAAAUCUGAGAAAUUAUAUUAAGCAUUUAUGUACAUAUCUUGUUAAAUUACUAUUUUAUUUGUUAUUUUAUUUAUUAAUAUUUUUGAGCAUUUAAAAAAAAAAGUUUUGAAUUUGUUACAUUAAAAUUUCUGUUGAUGCUAUGAAAUUCUUUCAAGCUGUUACGUAAGCAUUUGUAUCAUUAAUUAAAUAUUAUUACGAAUAAAAUAUACAAUUAUUUAUACCACUGAUGUUAUGGUUCGGUGUUAACAUUCAACAGAAAGGAACUUUUUACAAGUGCUUAAUCGUUUUUAGAUUAUUUAAUGUAAAAGUUUUAUAAUAUUUUAUGCAUAGUAUUCUUCUUGCGAUUUUAAAUUAAUUUUUUUACAAAAUGAAAAUUAAAAGAUUUUACUUUUGUUGCACUUUAUGUUUUUCUACUUAAAAAAUGAUUUCAGUUACAUAGAUGGAAUUUUUUCUCUUCAUAAAGACUAUACUUAUUGGAAUUUUAAUUACUUAUUUUAUCACUGCCAAUGUAUUCUUAUUUGAAGAAUUUAGUAUUUUGAAAAAAAUUACAUCUGUAAAAACGUUUUCUUUUUAUAGAUGUUGUGUGUGUAAUAAAUAAUCUAGUCAAAAUUCA